GGCCCGGAGCGGAACGGCGGCGGACCCGGCGCGGCCCCGGUGGCGGUCCCGGCCCCGCCAUGGCCCGGGAUCCCGCCUUCGUGCUGCGCUACCUGGCCGAGGUGGAGGAGCUGGCCGAGGACGUGCUGGCGGCACGGCAGCAGAUCGUGGACCUGGACGUGAAGCGGAACCGGAACCGCGAGGCCCUGCGGGCGCUGCAGAAGGACCCGGAGCCCGAGGAGAAGGCCAUGGUUUGUUUCGGGAGCAUGUUCAUCGAGCUGCCGAAGGCGAAGACCCGGGAGAUGCUGCGGCAGGACCAGGAAGAGCUGGAUGAGGAGAUAAACAAGCUCCGGAAAGAUCUGCGUGUGAAGGUCAACCGCCUCUACGAGGCUCAAGGUAAACCUGAGCUGAAGGGGUUUAACCUGAAUCCAAUGUCUGCCGAGGAGAUGAAGCUCAUCAACCGCAUCCUGGAGGGCUGAGGUGGCCGUGCCAUUGUCACAGCACGUUUGAACUGUAACCAGGGGGCUCACACUGCAAAAGCCACAGCCCUCAGGGUUUGCAGGACAUUGGAGGGCCCUGGGAAGCACUUGGCUCCUCAGCUACAGCACUGCAGUUUCCUUGGAUCACGAACCCUUUCCUGCUCUGUGCUGGAACUCGGGUGUCAGAGACGUGCUGGACACACCGCCAGGCAAAUGCCCGUGGCUGGGGUGGAGGUGGGAUCAUUAAAAUCAGAGCAGUGGGACAUUCCUGA